GGGCGAGCCGGAAAACUCCGAACAUACCUAACGAGAGCGAGAAGGAUAGGAUGACUACCCCAGUCUCGGUGGGGACAGCUGAUCACCCCAGUUCACAGACGCUCUCGCUUGCUUCUCAGUGUUCCGUGCGUGAGCGCACACAAACAAAGACGACGCUAGCGACAUCCAACGGCCGGGGUGAUAGCUCGUACUGCUACCCCAGUUUUUUGGGAACCAUAUAAACUACGGGCUUUACACUUCUAUGAGGAUCCAUCUUCGUUGCCUAUAGUCAUUCAAGUAUCAGAUCAUCAGAAAAAAAGAAAAAAGUGAGAAUUAAACCGGUAACAAUCAACCGCAUUCAUUCAAUUUUUUGUAUUGAGCUACAACAGUUUAUGUUUAUUUUGAAACCAACUUCAAUAGAAUAAUAAAUCUGUAAACAGUAUAAAGAGAUUAAUAACCGGCGUAUUCGCUGAUAUCAAAUAGAGAGUAUCGAUUGAUAUCAGUAUAUUUUUUGAGCGAAGAGGUUAUGUUAAGGUGUUUCGGUCCAGGUUCCAUAAGAAAAUUAAAACGAAAAGAAGCUGAAAGCUCAAUGGUGGCUACGCUCAUGAAUACACGUGGAAAGUGUUUACUAUUUACAUUAUCACGUGGAAAAAGUUUCAGAAAAUUGUAUACCGAAACCAAUAAAAAAGAAGAUGUCAAACAACACUACUCCGUAUUAUUACCGAAGACUAAUUUUCCAACGUGGAUCAAAAGUGAAAAAAGAGUCGAAUUGGAUAAGUACUUGAUAGACAAAUGUGGAUUUGGAGAGUUGUACACUUGGCAAAGAGAAAAUUUGCAGGGUCCUGAUUUUAUACUGCAUGAUGGACCACCUUAUGCCAAUGGAGUACCUCAUAUGGGGCAUGCUGUAAACAAGAUUUUGAAAGAUAUUACGAUACGAAGUAAAGCCAUAAGAGGUCGGAGAGUUCAAUACGUACCAGGUUGGGAUUGUCAUGGUUUGCCAAUAGAAUUGAAAGCCUUGACGAGUCUCAAGAAAGAUGAUACAGAAUUGACGCCUCUGGAAGUUCGCAAACUGGCUCGAAAAUAUGCUAGCAAAGCAGUGAAACAACAGCGUACAGUAUUCGAGUCUUGGGGAAUAAUGGCUGAUUGGAAAGACUCGGGUUGUUAUUUGACCUAUCAAGUUCCAUACAUUACAAAUCAGUUGCGACGUUUUUUCGAAUUGUACGAAAAAAAGCUUGUAUUUCGAGAUUUUAAGCCUGUUCAUUGGUCACCUUCGUCCAGGACAGCUCUGGCAGAAUCCGAAUUGGAGUACAAUGAUCGUCACGAGAGCCGAUGUGUGAUCGUGCGUUUUCUGCUGACAAAAUUACCGGAAGCUCUUGGACAGUUUGACGGGAAAAAAGUUUAUGCUCUUGCUUGGACGACCACACCAUGGAGUCUAGUUGCGAAUCAAGCCCUCGCCUAUUCCGCAGAUACCACGUAUUGCGUCGUCAAGGAUGAGAGAGGAAAUCUCUACCUAAUUGCCAAAGAUGUAAUCAAGUCGAUUGAGCAGAAGAUUGGUUCAUUGGAACAAUUACUCGAUCUCAAAGGAAGUGAACUUUCAAAAGCGGAAUAUGCCCAACCCAUAACAGAAAAAAAUCUACCAUUUUUACGAGGUGACCAUGUUAAAACUGAUGUUGGCACCGGAUUAGUUCAUACCGCACCUGCUCAUGGGUCUGAGGACUUUCUCGUUGGCCUUGAAAACAACUUGUCCGUUCUGUGUUUGGUAAACGAAGAAGGUCGUUACACAUCGGAUGCGGGUGAAAAAUUCGUCGGACUCGAAGUACUGACUGAAGGAAACAAAGCUGUUAUCGAAUUUAUCGGUGAUAACAUUGUUUACGAGGAAUACAUUUGCCACAGUUAUCCAUAUGAUUGGAGAACGAAAAAACCAGUUCUUACGCUCGCAAGUCGUCAAUGGUUUAUCGAUACAAAUUCGUUAAAGAAAAAAGCUAUCGAAAGUUUAAACAAUGUGGAAAUUCAUUCUUGCGGCCAAAAGAAUUCGUCAGCGAAUGCUCUGUACAAACAAAUACAGCAACGACCGUAUUGGUGCAUUUCACGUCAGCGAGCGUGGGGGAUACCAAUACCAACGCUUUAUAAUAAAAACACUGGUGAAAUGAUAUUAAACAGAGCAUUCGUGGAGAGAUUGUGCAGUUUGAUCGCACAAAAUGGAUGUGACUGUUGGUGGUCGAUGUCAGUUGAGGAGUUGGUAGGAACGAAACUUUUACAUGAGUACAAACUCAAAGCGACAGAUUUGGAAAAAGGGCAAGACAUAAUGGACAUUUGGUUGGACAGUGGUUUAUCGUGGUCAGCUGUUCUUCCUGACGGUAAAGCCGAUGUAUACAUCGAAGGCUUGGACCAAUUUACCGGGUGGUUUCAGGCCUCGCUACUCACGUCCGUAGCCCUACAAGGAACUUCACCUUACAAAGCUUUGUUCGUUCAUGGAUUCGCGGUCGAUGAAAAAUCCGAGAAAAUGUCGAAAUCGUUGGGUAACGUCAUAGAUCCCGAAGAAAUUACCAAAGGAGGAAAAAAUAAAAAAGAGAAGCCCGCAUACGGCGUCGAUACGCUUAGAUGGUGGGUCGCCAAUCAUGGUUGCCAACAUACACAAAUCCCCAUCAGCGAUAAACUCUUACGUGCGAGUGCAGGAUCUGUUCAACAAAUCAGAGCUAUUUUACGAUUUCUUCUUGGUGCCAUCCAUCCUUAUGAUUCCUGUGCCGAUGUUGAAGCACAGUAUUUAUUUUUGGAUAAAUUCAUGCUUCAUCGACUCUAUCACUACAACAAUGAGAUUCAAGGAUUUUACGACAACUACCAAUUUCAUCGGAUAUGCCAAACAAUAUUAAAUUUCAUCGUGAACGACGUAUCCAGUAUUUAUUGUCAACUCGUCAAAGAUCGAUUGUAUUGCGACGAAGCAACAUCGCCCUGCAGAAUCGGAGCGGUUGGUGUGAUGGGUGAAAUUUUGGCAGUACUCGUCAGAACGUUGGCACCGAUCAUACCACUUUUGGCAGAAGAAGCAUGGCUUUAUCAUCCCGAAAAUUUAGCGUCCGUACCAUUGCAUCACUCUGCCCACAUUUUACCUGACAAUUGGAACGACCCGGACGUGGAAAGCGUAGUAAACACCGCGCUGCUCAUGAGGAAACAUGUAAACAAAUUGACGAGAACGAAUACUUGGGAAUUCAACGCAACAAUCAGAACAAAUGCGGAACAAUUUGCUGCUCUGUCGGUGUUACAUCCGGAACGCGUAGCAUCAAAUUCCGAAUUGUGCGAUAUUCUUCAGGUUUCUUCAACGACUUUGAUCGAUGACGCCUCUUGCACAACUGCGAAUAUUCAUUUGGAGCCAAUAAAAUCAAAAUUGUGUAGCCGCUGUCGAAGAUAUCCGGAGAGCGCACCUGGAUCAGUUUGCAAUCGUUGCGCGCAAAUUAAUGACUCACCAACAAUCUGAUCAACAACAAACUGGAAAAAAUAUUUCUUCUUCCACGCCCCUUCUCUCCGAUAUACUUUCACGAGGCUGGCUCGAGGGCUUUCUUGAGUCAUCGAUACAUUGUUUCUUCGGGCUCUCUCGGAAUUCCAUUAGUAUAUCGGGGAAAAUGUCGAGGAUCAAAGCAGGUGAAGUAUCACACCGUACGAGUUUCAAGAUAUUUCCGGAAAUCCCUCCCUGUGUGGGUGUUCCUGGCUUUGUGGGUCACGCGUGCAAAGCAUCUUUCGCAAGAAACAUUUCUGCACCUCGAGCUGAGACAAGUUGGAUACUAACACGAAUAUUCCUUUGUGACGCGCGCCAGCACCGAGCUAAGAAUUCGUGAACUUUUUAACUAAGAAUGCGAGAAGGAAAUUCCGAUUUAGUUUUUAUGCCAUUAUAUAGAAAUUCCUAGAAUAUAAGCGUUCUCGACAUACAAUGCACGUAUGUAUGUACAAUGUACAUAACGAAUAAAAACAAAUGCGUAGAGAUAACAACGUCUAGAAAUAUUCCUCAACACGGUUGUUGAAAUGUUGCAAGUAGACACCGCUGCGCCUCUUUUCAUGCGACUACGUGCGGUUCUGAUAUGUCAAACUAACGGUACUUGAAAGGAAACGUUCUUUUUGCUUGAAACUCGGAGCUUCGCAUUUUCGUUUUGACAUUUCUGCAGAGUUGAUUUUCAUUAAAUAUACGGAGACAAAAAUUCAAUCAAUAAUAUGACAGCACACUCGAAACCGUCAUUGAUUCGUCAGCAAAAAAAUCUAAUGCCAAAACACGAAAAAAUUCAAACAUAGAUCGUUAUAGUGCCACUCAAUGGUGAUACAGCAGUUACAGGCUUUAUUUCAUUCCGUGCAAUUUAAAUUUAACACCAAGUUUCAACCAGUGGUGUGGAAUUAUUCAUCGAUGAACAGAGGAAAAUGGGUCGAGGACCAAACGGUAUUGCGAAAAAAAAAAUGACAACCCCACGUAUCGAUGAACAUUGAAUUAUUUUAUUUUCAGUAUAUACGUAUAAUAUAUUUAAUACAUGGUCUACAUUAAGUACAAUAGAUAUUUAUUCAUAUCGACGUAUGUAUAAUUCAUAAACAUUAUGAUGCAAUAUAAGUUAUACAACUUCAGUCAGGCUUAGUGCGACCGUUAAUGACAUUAAGCCGUAUUAUUGUCUGACACAUCUUAUACAUUAAGAUCAGCCAAGAGAGGCUCUUUUUGUUAUUAUUGUUCAGCCACUUUGAAAUAAUUAGUUGAAUAGUUACAACUCAUUAUUUUUUUUUUUUUUUUCUUUCAUAAACCGUACAACAAAAUCGCUUGCACUCCUACGGAAAAAAACAAAUAUAAAUUUGUUCUUCAUUCAAUACGAUAUAUAUAUAUAAAGAGUCUGGGACUUCUUACUCUUUUAUACACACCAUAAUUCUCAUGUAUAUACGACUCAAAUUUUUCGGAUCAUCUUUUCCGAUGUACUUUCAAGGGAAAAGUCAACAUCAAAAUCAGUGACCUGAGCGCGCGCACACACUUUCGUCGAAAAGUAAUGGAUCUGACCAUAUAUAUAUAUAUAAGAAUUGAGGUGUGCAAAAAAAGCGGUAUUUUUUGCCUACUUACUUCCACCAAAAAAAAAAAAAAAAAUUAAUUGAUAAUGAAAAUAGGAACGAUCUGCUGCAAGGAUCGUAGGUGGCCAUAACCGUAGACAUCCUGGUUGAAUAUUAUUAAGAAACACUAUAAUAAUCGCAGACAAAAAAUUUGGAUCGUCCGCUAAAUAUAUAGGUCUGAGUGGGAUAAUGUGGAACAGCCGGGCAAAACAAGAAAUUUGUAAUGUUUUCUUUUCCCGCAUUGAAAGAUCACAAAGUUUUAUCGCUCGACUAAGGGACGCGGAUCGUAAAUUUGACUGAUAUUCAGUUGAAAAAACAAAAUUGUUUUUUCAACAAUGCAAUUGCGUAUAAGCGUUAAAAUAAUAACCGUCAUUGAUAACAUGAAUAUUUGAGACAUGCGUAAUAAUUAUACCAUGUUAUCUCAUUCAAGAUGACUUCGAGGUGCUCAUAUGUUUUUGAGUAUAUAUACACAAUACCAAUGAAAUUGAUUAUAAUGUGUACUUAUGUGUACUUAAUAAAACAACAACAAUUCCAGGCGUUAAA